AUGUUUCGAUCGGUGAGGCCAAAGGCGCAACAAACGAAAGGGGCAAAAGACCCGGUGUUGAAGUCGAUCGCAACGAUCAAACACUACGAGCAAAACGACUUCGAGAUGUUAUCAGUGAAUGGACGACUGCCGACUUUCAAGAAAUUCCUUUACGAUCGAUCCGGGGAAAAAUGCACUUCAGCUAAGCUUGCCACAGCGGGCUUCUGUAAGCAUGGUAAGAAAGACGAGCCGGAUGCAAUUUGCCUAUUCUGUGGAAAAGUCAUGUCGUUUGAUCCCGAUGACGAUCCUUGGGAAGAACAUCAAUCACAUUGCCCACAAUGUCCUUUUGUUCAAAUCGGCAAACUCGACGAGACGACCUGGACCGUUGAUGAUACGAUACACCUUCUAUCUGCUCUUGUGACCCGUAGUAAAAAAGAAGCCACCCUACAAUUGACGAGAGAACUUUCUUCGAUGAUAGAAACAAUGACACAAAAACUCUCGCUA